GUGGCGCCCCCCUAUAAAAACCGGCCGCUGCUGCUCGUAACCCGACCGGUGUGCUGCUAGCAUGCACCUGCAGACCUGAAGUCCCCGUCACGUCCUUGGCACACUCGCAGAAUGCAUCCCAUCAUGCGUGCCGGAGUCAGCCUCGGCUGUAUAGCGGCCACCGUCUCGGCCGCCACCAUCGACUGCCGCAGCACGUGCACCAAGACCAUCGUGCGCGACGUUGCCGUGGUCGGUGGUGGUGCGUCCGGUGCGCACGCCGCAGUGUGGCUGCGGGACGCCGGUCACAGCGUUGUUGUCAUUGAGAAGGCCAGCCAACUUGGCGGCCACACGGCCUUCUACAAGGACCCGGCCACGGGCAAGGAGAUCAAUGUCGGCGUGCAGGCGUGGAUGGAGUACAAGGAUGCUUUCGACUUCCCCGCGCGUAUGAACGUGUCGACCAGCGGGUCCAUGUCGUUCACGCCGAACACCAACCAGUACAUCGACUUCACGACGGGCCAGCCGGUUCCGGGCUACCAGGCGCCUGCGUCCGAGGCCAUGUACCCUGCGCUGCAGCGGUACCUCGAUGUCAUCGCGCAGUACGAGGACAUGGUGCUGCCGGGCUUCUUCAACUUCCCCGACCCGGCCAACAUCCCCGAGGACCUGCUGAUGCCCUUCCGCGACUUCGUCGCCAAGUACAACCUGGAGGCGGCUGUGCCCCAGAUGUGGGACGCCACGACGCAGGGUCUGGGCGACACCAUGGACGUGCCCACGCUCUUUGUGAUCCAGGCCUCUGGCGUCCCGAUGGCCAAGGCGCUCUUGGGUCAGGGCGCCGCGGCCGUCCCUGCUUCCGGCCGCCUGUGGGACCUGUACGAGGCUGUCGCCGACUUCCUCGGCGAUGAUGUCCUCUACUCGAGCACCGUCGUUGGGUCCAAGCGCUACAAUGAGAACAACCCGCGGAAGGAUGUCUACCUGACGGUGAAGAGUGCAGACGGCACGGUGACGUGCGUCGAGGCCAACCGGCUCCUCCUUGCCAUCGAGCCCACCCCGGAGAACAUGGCGCCCUUUGACCUCGACGACUCCGAGAAGCAGAUCCUGGGCCAGUUCGAGUUCACCACCGUCUACGCCGGCAUUCUCACCCACCCGUCGCUGCAGACGCUGAACGCCUACAGCGACCGCACUACGGACCCCGGGUCGUUCAACUACACGUCCUUCCCGCUCCCUCCCCAGAUCGGCCGCGUGGACUACCUCGGCGGCACCCAGGACCUCUUCCAGUUCACCGCCGUGGGAAAGAGCACCGACACGCCGGCCAGCAUGCAGGCGCUCAUGACCCAGACGAUCGAUAAGAUGAUUGCGGCUGGCACUCUCCCCGCGUCCGGCGGCAGCGUCAGCUACAACAUAUUCGCCGACCACGGCCACUUCCACGCGCGCGUCUCGGCCGACAAGCUCCGCGCCGGCUUCAUCCAGCAGCUGAACUCGCUGCAGGGACGCCGCAACACCUACUACACGGGCGCCGCCUUCUCGGCCGGUUUCAGCACCGUCUUGUGGGAGUUCAACAAGGUCCUGCUGCCCAAGCUGGUCCAGGGGCUUUGAGAUUUUCUUGCAUUCCGUAUGGGCUGGAGGGGGGUUUAGACUAAAUUCUCUUGAAUAGAACGCACUUUAAUUUUACUACUACUAGUACUUAGUAGUAAUAACCA